GCGCAGAGCCGCGUCAUCCGCGUAUUUUAAUUCACGUAUUGUUGGUAACUAGCGUGAUAAAAAAAUGGCGUCUACAUGGAAAAUACAUUUAACGAUGGUUUAUCUGAUCGUCUUGUGUAUCCUGACCAAUACCCAAUCGAAACAAAUAACCACGGAGACCAUCGUGUUAAAUAUGACAGCGGUUAGUGAAAAUAGCCAGACAAAGUACAGUGUACAGAUUAAUUUGAAUAUAGGUUUCUUGGACAAUGAAACAUUUAUUAAUGGAGCACCUCUCAAGUCUACAGGUGUCACAAGGAUGACGUGCCCUGCAUUUUUGUUGGAUGGUUAUAAUGUGAGCUCUGGUAAUCCGGCGGAUGUGUUGGUCAGCAGUGAGCUGAGGCUGAUGAUCAAUCAAUCAUACGUUCAGAAUGAUGCUGGAGAGCAGGUUCUGUUACUCCUCCUGAGUCAGGAGAUAAUCCAGUUGGCAGAUGAAAAGGUUCAGCAGCCUGACGUGUGUGAGGUGGAGAUCCGGUGGAACCAGAGCUCUGAGAAGAUCACACAGGUCACCAAUAUUUACCCUUUAUCAAGAAGCAAGCUCUCCGUCAUUCCACAAGAGAAUGACGUCUUGGUUACUGAUGCGUCCAUACACAAUACAGUUGAAGACCAAGUGCGUAACACCACUAGCCACUACCUACUCAAACAUGCAGAGACCACCCAGGAGGAGAUUGCAGCUCCAGGGAAACUUCCUGAAACACCCUUGCGGAUGGACCCUGAAACCCUGUAUGAGUCCAGAGAGGAAGAGGAAAGGACUUCCGAUUCAGUGCUGCUUGGGGUUCCUCCAAGUGGGUCCAUAUCCUCUUACAAUGUGGCGUGCCAGUGGGUUGAGGAGCUGAGGGAUAAACUUCGGCGCUUCUGGUCUGAUUCAGUCCCGCUCUUCUUCUUGAUCAUGUGGGUGGUGGUGGUAGGCGUUGCAGGCUCCGCUAUCAUCAUUAAGAUCCUGGAUGUUCUGUUCCCCUCCUGUGAACACAGGGGAUUCUUUCUUCUGAAUCCAGAGACUCUGAUGCCAGAUGAUGAAAAACAGAGUCUAAUAGAUAACAUGGAGGGAGAAAUACCAGAAAAAAGCAUUUUGAUAGAAAAGUGAUGGACGUGUUCUCAUCAGUUUGGCUAUGUGGCUUUAUUUGGUUGAC